AUGCUGUUAAGGAAGUAAUAAAGAAGAAGCUGCUUCAAGCCUGGUUACAAUUGACUGAAGGGGAUGUUUUAGAAUUGCUUCAUCGACUGGAUGUGGAAAACUGCCCAGAAGUGGCCGUGCCAGUACUAAAUGCUAUAUUUUCAUUAUCUCCACUUCAUGACUUUGUCCAGAACUGUAAAAACCUUGACAGCAGAAAACUGAUUCCACUGGAAGACUUAACAACUGAGAAUGUGAUAUAUUGGAGAUGUCUUUGUGAAUAUCUCAAAUCAAAAGGUGAAGAAGGUGAAGAUUUACUAGAACAGAUAUUGCCAGAACCAGCUAUAUAUGCAGAUUAUUUGUUAAGUUACCUUCAAAAUAUGCCAGUUCUUAGUGAAGAACAAAGAGAAGACUUUACUUGUUUUGAAAACCUGAUGACAAAAGAAUUUAUAGGCCAGCAACUGAUUCUUAUCAUAGGCUGCAUGGAUACUACGGAAGAGGGAGGAAGAAAGCAUCUCUUAGUUACUUUACAAAAGAUUCUCAUUCUACCUGCAACUUCAACAGCCCUUAUACCUCUGCUUGUGGAAAGAUUACUCAGUGUUGUUGAGGAUGAUGACAGAAGGAUUCAAAUUAUUGCAGAAAUUAUAUCAGAAGUUCAUGAGCCGAUUGUUACAUUCGACCAGCCUGUUGAUGUUGCUGAAAUAAGAAAAAGGGAGCUUAAGUUGGCUGAAAUAAAAGUGAAACUUUUUGAAGCAAAAGAAGCUUUGGAAAAAUGCAUUACUCUGCAGGAUUUUAAUGAAGCAUCAGUAUUAAAAGAGAAAAUAACUGAGUUGGAACGCAUUAAAAAUGAUCUGAUAAAAGAGGCAGAGCAACCUGAAAUUAAAGAAAUGCGUGUGGAGAAGAAUGAUCCUGAAACACUGUUGAAGUGUCUGAUGAUGUGUUAUGAGUUUCUGAAGAUCAUGUCCCUUUCUAAAGGAAUUGGUCCAACCAUUAAUGAAAUCAUUGAAUCUCUGAUACUUCCUGGCAUAACUAAUGUCCAUCCAGCUGUGAGAAAUAUGUCAGUUCUGUGUUUGGGUUGCUGUGCCCUUCAGAACAAAGAAUUUGCCCGACAACAUCUUACAUUGCUGUUACAGGUUUUACAAAUAGAUAACUUAAAGGUAAAGCUCAGUGCUUUAAAGGCAAUCUUUGAUCAACUAAUGCUGUUUGGGAUUGAGCCAUUUAAAGCCAGAAGAGGCAAAGACUCUCAGAGUGAAGAUGCACGCAUUAGAACUGAAAAUUGUGGGGAAGAAAGUGAAGCAAUAGAGGAGGAAGAAGAGACUGCUACGGUUCACAACCUUCUGCAGCUUCUUUCUGGUUUCUUAGACAGUGAGUUUUCAGAACUUAGGACAGAAGCUGCAGAAGGCAUAGCCAAACUGAUGUUCUCUGGGAGGCUGAUUAGCGCCAAGCUUCUUUCCCGUCUUAUUUUGUUGUGGUAUAAUCCUGUGACUGAAGAGGAUACUCGGCUUAGACACUGUCUAGGAGUUUUCUUCCCUUUAUUUGCUUAUGCAAAUAGGUCUAACCAGGAAUGCUUUGAAGAAGCCUAUCUUCCAACUCUGCAAACGCUGUUAAAUGCUCCUGCAACUUCACCUUUGGCUGAAAUAGAUAUCAGUAAUGUUUCUGAACUGUUAGUGGACCUGACCAGACCAAGUGCAGUGAACCCUCAGUUUAGAAAGUCUCAGGACAAUCAGGACUCAACAGUGCAUGAUAGUUUAGCAAUUAAAAUUUGCCAUGAAAUCUUGAUGGACCCAACUGCACCAGAUGUUCGUAUUUAUGCAAAAGCUUUAAAUUCACUAGAACUCAGUAGUUCUUCCACAGACAAUCUUCUGGUUUUGCUCAAUGAGAUUCAAGAGAAAGUGAAGGAUAAACUGUGCCAAAGAGCUAUUGAGAAGAUCAAGAUGAACUUGACCAAAGAUUCUAAUGUGUGCAAGGACCACUCGGAAAGGACUGAGGAAACAGGCCUCUCUGAAAGGACACAGGAAACUGACAUCACAUUAUCUGAAAAUACUGUUCAAAAUGAAGAAGAAAAUAAUAAAGAUGCUCCUCACACUCCAGUUGAUCAAGUUAAAAGCAAAGCAAAUGCAAAACUGAAAUCCGUGAGAAGCAAAGCUGGCAAAGGACAACAGAAAGCAGCAGCAGAAGCGAGGUCUGUGAGCAGAAAAACGCCUGGCACCACUGUAAAAUGCAGCAGUGAAAGUGGUGAUGAAAUUCCAGAAUCAGUCCCAAUGUCAAGUUCAAGGCCUUCAAGACGAGCAAAAACAGUGGCACUUGAAAAAACAAGAAUGAAUCUUUCAAGAAUUUUGAAUAGGGAAGCAGAGCAAUGA